AGAAUGAUUUAUACUUGAAAAAUGUUAUGUUUGGUCUAUGUUUAUUGGAUAUAUUUUAGUACUUGUUUACACUAUUAUUUAUUUAGUUCAGGCACUAUUGUUGGAUAAUCGUUCGUGGAGGUCCUUUAGCUAGAGAGAAGGUUUUUAUUUUUUUUACCUGGAAACAAAUCUGAUGUUUACAGAAAUUGAAGAUCGAGAGGCAAGAUACCAUUGCUGGUGACAAGUGUGCUUUUCAGAAUUGCUGUCUUCUGAGUUCAUACAGUAGUAUGCCUGCAGAACGCAAGAAGACAGUAAACAUGGAUGAGAAAGAGGCAAGUUCUGUCAGCAGCAAAGACAAAGAGAGUGGAGAUAGGCGACCUGCCUCCACCAGGGAGAAGGGAAAGGAUGAUUCCAAACUCGGCGGCAAGAAGGACAAUAUGAAGGCUGCAGAGGAAAAGAAGAGGAAACUGGAGGAAGAGAAGCGUAAGAAGGAAGAAAAGGAUCGCAAGAAAAAAGAGGAGGAGAAGCUGAAAGCUGAAGAGGACCAGAAAAAGAAAGAGGAGGAAGAGAAAAUAAAGCAGGAGGAGGAGGAAAAGAGGCUGCAGGAGGAAGAAGAAAGAAGACAGCGUGAAGAAGAAGCAGCGCAAAUAAAAGAAAAAGAAGAAGCACACCAGUUACAUCAGGAGGCAUGGGAGCGUCACCAAUCCCGGAAAGAGCUUCGCAGCAAGAACCAGAAUGCCCAGGAUGGCCGUCCUGAGGAGACCUUCUUCAGCAGGCUUGAUUCUAGCCUCAAGAAGAACACUGCCUUUGUCAAGAAGCUGAAAACUAUCACAGAGCAGCAGAGAGACUCUCUCUCCAGUGAUUUUAGUAGCCUCAACCUCAGCAAGUACAUUGCAGAGGCUGUUGGCUCCGUUGUGGAGGCAAAGUUAAAAAUAUCUGAUGUUAACUGUGCUGUUCAUCUGUGUUCCCUCUUCCACCAGCGCUAUGCUGAAUUUGCCCCUUUGCUUCUCCAAUCCUGGAAAAAGCACUUUGAAGCAAGAAAAGAGGAGAAAACUCCCAAUGUAAGCAAGCUGAGAACCGACCUCCGAUUCAUCGCUGAGUUGACAAUUGUUGGGAUUUUUACUGAUAAAGAGGGUCUGUCCCUCAUCUAUGAGCAGCUGAAAAACAUCAUCAACACAGACCGUGAGACACACAUGCAUGUAUCCGUGGUGAUCAGUUUUUGCAAGCACUGUGGGGAUGACAUUGCUGGGCUGGUGCCCAGGAAGGUGAAACUGGCUGCUGAGAAGUUUGGAUUGAGUUUCCCUCUGAGUGAGAUCAUCAAUUCUGAGAAGCAGCAGCCCUUCCAGAACUUGCUAAGGGAGUACUUCACUUCCCUGACCAAACACCUGAAGAAGGACCACAGAGAGUUGCAGAACAUAGAGAGACAAAACAGGCGUAUUCUGCAUUCCAAGGGGGAACUGAGUGAAGACAGACACAAGCAAUAUGAAGAGUUUGCUACAUCUUAUCAGAAGCUGCUUGCUAACACUCAGUCUUUGGCAGACCUUCUGGAUGAAAACAUGCCAGAACUUCCACAAGAUAAAACUGUACAAGAAGAGCAUGGUCCUGGCAUUGACAUCUUUACUCCUGGCAAGCCUGGAGAGUAUGAUCUGGAAGGAGGAAUCUGGGAGGAUGAGGACGCACGUAACUUCUAUGAAAAUAUGGUUGAUCUAAAAGCCUUUGUACCUGCAAUAUUGUUCAAAGAUAACGAGAAGAGUUCUCAGAACAAAGACAACAAAGAAGAAGCAAAAGAAGUUAAAGAUGGGAAGGAUAAUAAAGAUGUGCCGAGUACAGAAGAGCUGGAGAUGGAACUGGAGACCCUGGAUAUUAAUGAUGAUACUCUGGAGAUGGAAGCAGUGGAUGAGGCAGAGGCAGAUGACCUUACAAAGAAAUUACUUGAUGAACAAGAACAAGAAGAUGAAGAAGCAAGCACAGGCUCCCACCUCAAGCUGAUAGUGGAUGCCUUUCUUCAACAAUUACCCAACUGUGUCAACAGGGACUUGAUAGACAAGGCUGCAAUGGAUUUCUGUAUGAAUAUGAACACCAAGUCUAACAGAAGAAAGCUUGUCCGAGCCCUUUUCACAGUUCCUAGGCAGCGGCUGGAUUUGCUUCCGUUUUAUGCUCGUCUUGUUGCUACAUUGCAUCCUUGCAUGUCUGAUGUUGCAGAGGACCUUUGCUCUAUGCUAAAAGGAGACUUCAGAUUUCAUGUACGGAAGAAGGACCAGAUCAAUAUUGAAACAAAAAACAAGACUGUAAGAUUUAUAGGAGAGCUGACAAAGUUCAAGAUGUUUUCUAAAUCUGACACUCUUCAUUGUUUAAAGAUGCUACUAUCUGACUUCUCUCAUCACCACAUUGAAAUGGCCUGUACUCUUCUGGAGGCAUCUGGGCGAUUUCUCUUCAGGACACCAGAAUCCCACUUGAGGACCAGUGUCCUUUUGGAACAAAUGAUGCGGAAGAAACAAGCCAUGCACUUAGAUGCCCGCUAUGUCACCAUGGUAGAGAAUGCAUAUUAUUAUUGUAACCCACCUCCAGUUGAAAAAACUGUGAGGAGAAAGCGACCACCACUUCAAGAGUAUAUCCGCAAACUCCUUUACAAGGACCUGUCCAAAGUCACCACAGAAAAGGUGCUACGGCAGAUGAGAAAAUUGCCCUGGCAGGAACCAGAGGCAAAAAAUUAUUUAAUCUGUUGUAUGGUUAACAUCUGGAAUUUAAAGUACAACAGUAUCCACUGUGUAGCCAACCUGCUAGCAGGGCUGGUGGCAUAUCAGGAGGAUGUGGGCAUCCAUGUGGUGGAUGGGGUGCUUGAGGACAUCAGACUGGGAAUGGAGGUUAACCAGCCCAAGUUCAAUCAAAGACGAAUCAGCAGUGCCAAAUUUUUGGGAGAAUUGUACAACUAUAGAAUGGUAGAAUCGGCAGUGAUCUUCCGGACUUUGUAUUCCUUUAUUUCAUUUGGUGUAAAUCCUGACGGAACUGCCAGUCCCCUAGAUCCUCCAGAGCAUCUUUUCCGAAUCCGUAUGGUUUGUACUGUUUUGGAUACAUGUGGACAAUACUUUGACAGAGGAUCAAGCAAAAGAAAACUUGACUGCUUUCUUAUCUACUUCCAGCGUUACAUCUGGUGGAAGAAGAGUUUGGAUGUCUGGACCGAAGGCCACCCAUUCCCUAUUGAUAUUGAUUACAUGCUCAGUGAUACCUUAGAGCUGCUGCGACCAAAGAUGAAACUGUGUUGCUCUCUGGAAGAGGCUAUUCGGCAGGUGACAGGCUUGGAGCGUGAAUUCCUGGUUAAACUAGGGCUAGCUAAUGACAAAGACUCAAAAGACUCGAGCAGUAUUAGAGAAGGAGAAGCCAUGGAAGAGGAAGAUGAAGAUGAUGAUGAGGAAGGUGGUGCAGAGACUGAGGAGCAGUCUGGAAACGAGAGUGAAAUGAAUGAGCCAGAAGAGGAGGGUUCGGAGAAUGAGGAGGAAGAGGGAGAGAGAGAAAGAGAGAGAGAGGAGGAAGAGGAGGAGAACACUGACUACCUGACUGAUUCAAAUAAAGAAAAUGAAACUGAUGAAGAAAACAAUGAGGUAACGAUAAAGGGCGGAGGUCUCAAACAUGUUGCCUGUGCAGAGGAUGAAGACUUCAUCCAGGCCUUGGAUAAGAUGAUGCUGGAGAACCUUCAGCAACGCAGUGGCGAGUCGGUGAAAGUGCACCAGCUGGAUGUAGCCAUUCCUCUGCAGCUGAAGAGCCAGCUAAAGAAAGGACCCCCACCUACAGGAGGGGGGGAGGGAGACACCGAGAUUGCAGACACCAUGCAGUUUGUGAUGUUAACGAGGAAGGGCAACAAGCAGCAGUUUAAGAUCCUAAAUGUUCCCUUGUCAUCCCAUCUUGCUGCCAACCACUUCAGUCAGCAGCAAGUUGAGCAGGAGGAGAGGAUGCGCAUGAAGAAACUCACCCUGGAUAUUAAUGAACGGCAAGAGCAGGAGGAUUAUCAAGAGAUGUUGCAAUCCCUAGCACAGCGCCCAGCCCCUGCUAACACAAACCGGGAAAGGAGGCCCCGUUACCAACAUCCCAAAGGAGCGCCGAAUGCCGAUCUCAUCUUCAAGACUGGAGGGAGGUACACAUACAAGUGAACAGAGGCAACAGAUGUUUUCAUAUGAGCGUAUUUUCUUAAGUGUUUUGAAAUAAAAACAGGACUUUUUGAAGUUGAUUAAGGAUUGUUUUUAAGCCUGGGUUGUACAAAAUGUCUUCACCUUGUGUUCACUGCCUGUCUGGUGUCCUGCAGAGUCCCUCGGUAUGCCUAAUCCAGGUAUUGUUGCUCACUGUGCUCCAACACUGUUUAUCAUAUUUAUUUUUCAAUUGAAAAUAAGUUUUUAUACUGUUAAGAAUACAUUUCAUUCAAUAAAAAUUGUAAUGCCUCUACUUAUGCCUUAAAUAGUGAGGCAUAUUUGUUGUGUAAAUAUCCCAAAUGCUGCACUAACAGGGUGAUGGCAUCAUGAAUGUCGUCAUGUUGAUGGAGUUUGCAAAGAAAGAAAGAAACGUUAUACAUUGGCAGCACAGUUGAAUGAAAAAAGUAUGUAUUUAUAGGUGUUGGAUUUAUGUAUAGUUGUCCUGUAAGCCACAUUCCCUUCCCUUAUUUCUUUUUACAUGUACAAUUACACAAAAAAAAGAAAGGUGAUCCAGCAACAUCAACAAUAGUGUAGGCAAUACAAGCUGCUUUACUGCCUAGUGCCAGAUUCAGCAUAAAUUUAAACAAACAAAAAAAUAAAUAACUAACGUGCUCAGGGUAUGUAUGCACCUAGUUUCACUGCACACUUCUUUUCCCCUUUACAUUAUUUGUAAGCAUACUCUUCAUGCUUUCUUUAAAUAAAUUGUAUAUGAGCUUCUGAAAAUUGUGUUUUGUAUGUUUUGAGUCUUUUCCGAAAAAUAUGGUGUUAAUCCCUGUUUACAAUGGUAGUGAAGAGCAAGUAAAUAAAACAAAAGUACAGCAGUCCCUAUUUAUCCGUAUCAGAAUAUCGAUGCUGAAUAAACAGUUGACAACUAUGGCAAAUCGAAGGCAUCUGUGCAUUGGUAUGGAAGAAGCACAAGCAGACACACUCGGAGCCAGCUUUCUACACAACUGAAAGCAUCUUCACCCUCCCCAUACCCAUGUCUAUAAGGUAGUCCUGUAGUCAGUAGUGUGUUUUUCUUUGGGGGGGGGGGGCGGGACAGCACACCGAUUAUCGCAUUCUAAUGUUUAUACAUUCAGGGACUGAAAACAGCAUUUGGCAUUUCAAGCAAUUUUACAAGCAGGACUUGUUUCACUACAAAAAAAAAAAAAAAAUAAAAAAAAAUUUAAAUUUAAAACUAUGCUCUUCAGAAUUCCAAGGCUGGCUUGAUUGAGUGUUGGUAUCAGUAUGCAGUCCCUUAAAAUGUAUUAAUUGCUAUUCAAUUAUUGCUUAAAGAAAAGCUCUUGCGGUAGUUCUUGUUUAAAGUUACUUUCUUUGUUGUAUAAAUAGCAAUGAAAACCCUGUUGAGCUUGAUGUGGGGUGGGGGGCAUUUAUAAAAUAACUGCAAAGCUAUUUUUAUUUUUUUUAUUUUUUAGGUCACAUUUUUUGUUUUAUUAUAUUCUAAUUCAAAUAUGCUUAUAAUUUAAAUACACAUGUCAUUGUCAUAUAAAAAAAGAAUGCAUCAUAAAAUUUAAGCAGUGUGGUUAACUCAGCUGCUGGAUAAUUGAUCCGUACCCUAAAAGGAAGGCCACAUUGCAAGUACCUAGCUCUUUUUGUGAUUUAAAAGCACAAUGCUACCAGUUAUGAACCUUUUGUAGCCUGCAACAUACAAAUAAUUUUGUACUGGGUAAAUACAAUAUAAAGUUUAAUUUAACAAGCUAUAUUAAUCAAGUGGUUUUCACUAUAUUUAUGAUGUCUGUUUUAUUGUUGUUCUUGUAGUUGUAUUUUAAAUAUAGUUUUUUAAUAUGGAAACAGAGCUGAAAUAUGCUAUUUUUUUUUUGCUUAUUGUGGUGCAUCCUAUAUCAUGAAAGGUUGCAUCCAUGGCUUUGUUACAUUCUAUUUUUGGUGUCCAGCAGGCCUUGGUUUCAGUUGAUUUUGGCUUGCUUGUUUCUCCCUCAUAGUUUUGUUGUUGAAGUCUGAAUCUAUUUCAGCAUUUAUUUUCAUGCAAAAACACAAUUUAAAAUGUAUUUUUGUUAAGUAAUAGAUGACCAUUUUCAAGACCUCCAACUGUAACAACUUUGUCGGUCAGAAAUGAUUAUGCUGCCAAAAUAAAGUAUUUGAAAGAUGA